AUGAUUAAUCAUGAAGUUUCUGACACACCGGAAGCUAGCUACAAUGAACUUGAGUCCAUCCUCUCUCUACCAGCUCCGGUGGUAGAUACCACCAUAAUCGAUACCUUCGACUUCGAGGCUUUAUUGGCGGAAACUAAUGGCGAGGUACAAAGCCUUCCUGCUGCUUAUGACGCUCUGCAAGACAAUGACCCCGUAAGCAAGUGCGAUUCUCAAAUAGAUAAUCUUUAUCCCCCUUUUCCUGAACUCCCUGAAUCCAUUGUUCCGCAUCUGUCAUCGUUACACUCCUUUGUCAAUUCUCAAGAGGAUAUCACCUCCACAGAUAUACCCCAGGUCAGACAAGGGCACCACGUGAAAGAACUCGAGCAACAAGUAAGACCGAAGCGGACAUCCAAAGCUGGCAUCAGAAUAAAAGAAGUAGCAUCCAAGCGUCCAAACCUCCGAAGGCUUGCUGGCGAGUCGGAGUCCAAGAACGCUCGGCCCUUCAACAUUGCCAGCUUCGACCCUUCCAUCUUUUACAAACCUCUUGCCCGUCCUCCACCAAGCUGGAGCCCUCCUCAUAUAAAACGACGACGUACACUUUUCAACUAUAACGCCCAAGGCGAGCUCGACCCCAGAACCAGAUUCUCAGCGCAGGAAAUCUCCGACUAUCUGACUUAUCAUCCGUUGCACGAGCUCUACAGCUGCUCGCCAUCUACCAAGAACUCUGGUCUCACGCUUUGGAUUCAAAUAUCACCGGCAGAUUCCUCAAAUCGCUACCCUACUGCCAUGUCAUCCAGAUGCCGAUUCGCCAACUGUCCAGUCCCACAACACACUAUACGAAAGGGUGAAUUCAGAGUGGCAUUUGACGAGCAAUCGUGUUCUGGGAAGCCCCUGGACCCCUUCCACAACGCUGGCUAUGUGCACCUUUUCUGUCUCGAGAAAAACUUCGAUUUCCCUCGCCUGUGCAAGAACUUCAACGUCCGAGGCGACGACCGUGAGUUUCGCGAAGGCAGGAACAAGAUGGCAAUCACGCGUGAUCAUUCCAGCAUGCUCCACGUUGUGAACCGUUUCAUCGAAACCUCGGAGAAAGUGGGCGAUAAGAGAUCAGAUGACUGGUAUGCUCAUACUCUCUGUUACGCGCUCACCAUCCAUCAUUUGAAGCAUCAGCCCGAGCGGAGACAAAGCAUUAGGGAGGCUAGGGAUGGGAAUAGUGUUGAUCGCCAUCUUAACAACCUUGAUGUGCUAGUCGAGAGGGCGAGGGUCAUCAGGGAGCAGAAAGCGAGCCAAGGGAAGAAGUCGCGAGCGCCGAGAAAGAGAAAAGUUAAAGAAGUCGAAUUCGAGGAAGAGGAUGUGCUGGAUGACAAUAUCCUCGAGAGUAUAGAAGUCGAGAAUGGGGUUGAGAAAGGGGUCGAGAAAGGGAUCGAGAAAGGGGUCGAAAAACAGGUCGAGAAAGAGGUCGAGGAAGAGGUCGAGGAAGAGACCGCCAACAAUCAAGAGAGAGACGAGCCGUUAAGAAGAUUAAAACGAGUAAGGGCAGCAGCGGGGAACUCUCUAGAUGAACUAGAUACCCGGUCCCCUUCUGUAAGAUAUAAAGGAUACAUGAGUAGCCUGCGUUUUUGA